AUGGCUUCAAAGGCUGGAGCAUCGACUGCCAUCUUUGUCUCCCUCAACCUCCUUUUCUUUGCUUUGGUUAGCUCUCGCAAAGUGAACUAUCAACCUGCAGAGUCCAACGAUUUAUCAAACGGAGUUGGAGAAAACUCUCAUGAUCAUCAUUCCUCUAAUCAAAUCCUAAGUAACUCCAACAGUUUAUCAAAUGUUGGCGGUUUUGUAAGUGGAAGAACAAAUUCCGAUGAUUUAUCAAAUGGAGUUGAAGAAAACUCUCAUGAUCAUCAUUCUUCAAAUCAAAUCCAAAGUAACUCUAAUGGUUCAUCAAAUGAUGGAAGUUUUGCAAGUGGAAGAACAAACUCCAAUGAUUCAUCAAACGGAAUUGAAGAAAACUCUCAUGAUCGUCAUUCGUCAAAUCAAAUCCAAAGUAACUCCAACGGUUCAUCAAAUGAUAGAAGUUUUACAAGUGGGAGAACAAACUCCGGUGAUUCAUCAAAUGGAGUUGGAGAAAACUCUCAUGAUCGUCAUUCAUCAAAUCAAAUCCAAAAUAACUCCAACGGUUCAUCAAAUGAUGAAAGUUUUGCAAGUGGAAGAACAAACUCAGAUAAUUCAUCAAACGGAGUUGGAGAAAACUCUCAUGAUCGUCAUUCAUCAAAUCAAAUCCAAAGUAACUCCAACGGUUCAUCAAAUGAUGGAAGUUUUGCAAGUGGAAGAACAAACUCUGAUGAUUCAUCAGAAGGAGUUGAAAAAAUUUUACAUGAUUUAUUAAAUGAGGAUCCAUCAAACGGGAAGGGAUUAUUAAACUUCAACGAUUUAUCAAAUGGAAAUGGAGAGAACUCCAAUGAUAAUUCAAAAGAUUCUACAACAAAUUCCGGAAAACCUGUUGAUAUCCUUCCAGCAGCAGCCAUGAUCCUUGGUGCCCUCAACCAGCAGGGCAAGUCCACUUGUAACCCACUAAACCUAGGUGUCUGUGCUAAUCUGCUGAAUGGUUUGGUGAAAGUUGAGCUUGGUAACGUACCAACCAAACCAUGCUGCACCCUCAUUCAAAGAGUGGCUGAUCUCGAAGCUGCUGUUUGCCUUUGCACUGCCAUCAAAGCCAAUGUCCUAGGCAUUGACCUCAACCUUCCGAUAUCAUUAAGCGUCCUACUCAAUAACUGUGGAAGGGAGGUCUCUUCUGACUACCAGUGCACCCUAUAA